ACAGGCGUGCCUAAUCACAACAACAAAUAAAGCAAGGUUAGAGCCAGAGCCGAGCAUUAUGGAGCUCUGGCGCACCUUCUGGCUGCUGGCAUUGCUGGGCGUGGCCAAGGGCGCCAACAACCAGAGCUCCGCCUCCGACUGGCAGCAACAGCAGCAGCAGAAAAUGCAGUUUUAUCAGCAACACCUGAACGACUCGCUGCUGGAGAUGCCCGACCUUGAUGCGGGCGCCUCGCGCGGCGGCCAUCUGCUGGAGCCGCACCUGACACGCACCUCGGUCAUCUUCGGGCUGACCAAGGUGCUCAACGGGAGCAAUGUGAGCGCCGUGUGCCAGGCGCAGCUGCGGCAGGUGCAGCGCGGCAUACUCAGCAAACAGCCCUGGGCCAUGAAAGUGCUCGACGCAUCCGGCACAAAGCCCUCGGGCUUUAUCUAUGGCCAAAACUAUUGGCUGGGCAGUCGGGAGGCAUGCAGGGGCGUCCAGCGUCCGGUGGGCAUAACAUUGUCGAAGAACUUUGAGCGCGUGAUGCACCACGGGCUGAUAACACAGCAGUCGCCGUUCGACAUGGACUAUCGUGUGAUCUAUCUGCGCCACAAUUCGCCCUGGCAGGUGGAGAUCAAGCUGAUGUCCGAGCAGAUCAUACACAUUGGCCUCUGCCUGCCCAGGGCGUGCACAUCGGGCGAGGUGAAGCAGCUGGCCGGCGAGUAUGUCUCGCGCGGCAUGUUCGCCGAGAAUGACAUCUUUGAUAUACGGCCGGAGGUGCUCUACAUGAAGGAUCUGCAGCUGCGCGAUGUCUUCUAUCAGCGCUCCAGCUUCCGGCUGCUGGUCGCCUGCGUUCUGGCCACAGCCGGCCUCAUGCUCUGCGCCCAGCAGCUGCUGGCGGCCAAGAAGUUGCCGCCCGCUGGCGAGGAGCUCGGCCUGGCGCCAGCCGAAUCCGAGCUGUGGCGUGCGCUGCACGCGCUGCUCCGCUGGCAAAAGCUCCAGCAGCUGGUCAGCUGCUACGAUCUGCCCGGCAAUUGGGGCAAGAUCUUUGCGGUGCGCGAGAACAACGCACGCGAGAUACCCGUGAUGAACGGGCUGCGUUCCGUGUGCGCCAUUUGGAUUAUGAUCUUCCAUGUGGUGUGGUUCAUGUACUUUACCGUGCACAACAAAACCGUGCUCAUCACCUACGCGGAGCAGGCAUUCUUUCAGUACGUCUCCUCGGCGCCGCUGCUGGUCGAUGUCUUCUUUACCAUCAGUGGCUUCCUGCAAACGUACAACUUUCUGCGCAACUCCGCGCAGCUGGACGCAGUGCGUCGCAACGGCUGGCUCAAGAAUCUCCGGCUCUUUGGCAAGCUGCUCUUCCAUAGAUAUCUGCGCCUGGGUCCACUCUAUCUGGUCGUGAUGGCCUCGGUGGAUCUGGUUUAUGCCUACAUUGGCGACACGUCCGUCUAUCACAUCAACGAACGCUUCGACGAGAUGUGCUCCAAGCACUGGUGGCGCAAUCUGCUCUUCAUACAGAAUCUCUUCGACCAUCGCGACAUGUGCGCCAACUGGAGCUGGUCCCUCGCCUGCGAGAUGCAGUUCUUCAUGCUGGCCAACGCUUUGCUCUUUCUAUAUGCCAAGCAUCCCAAGCUGACGAAGGGUUUGGUGUCCGUGGCUCUGGUGUCCACCAUAGCCUGGUCCUAUGGCAUCGGGCUGAGCAUUAAGUUUCAGUUGUCGUUCGAUGCCGCCUUUGCCACCGGCACGGAGAUCUACACAUCGCCUUUUGUACGCAUUCUGCCCUACAUUCUGGGCGCGAUCACGGCCUGGUCGCUGCUCGAGCGGCGUCCACUCCUGGCGCUGAGCGAGCUGCGCGAACGCUGCUCGUGGCACUUGGCGCUGCUCGUCUUCUUCGCGUGCAUCUACUCGACCAUUCGGCGGGAUCUGGGCCCGCUGAUGGCCAUCUCGCUGUUCGUGCUGGGCCGGCUCUUCUUCUCGCUGAGCGUCUGCUGGAUGAUUGCGGGCAGCGCGCAGGGACGCGGCGUCUGGUGGUCGCGGCUGCUGGAGGCCAAGGGCUUCCAGCACGUCAGCCGGCUGUCCUAUGCCAUAUAUCUGCUGAAUCCACUGGUGAUUGCUCUCUUCUACAGCUUGACCAGCGCCAGCACACAUGCGGAUCCCUUCAUGCUGUGCGUGGUCACCUGUGGCUUCGCUGUCAUCGUUUAUUUGGCCUCCAUCGUUUUCUCUCUGGCCUUUGAGCUGCCCUACAGCAAUUUGUCCAGCAUUUUGCUGGGACGCAAAGCGAAAAGUGCUUGAAAGUUGCUUAAUGUUAGUUUUAUUAUAAGCAUAUUACGCCUACAUAUUCAAUUGUGAUCGUUUCCAUGUACAACUCACUUUAUCAUUACAACUAUAGCUGAUAGCGUAUAUUUAGUUGUAUUAUAUUUGUAAAUAUUUUUGAAAAAAUAAACACACCGAAAACGAAA